AUGAUCAAUUUGCUUCUACUUUUAUUUCUUUUUUGUGCUGUCAUUACCGGUCUACACUUCAAUGGUGGUACUAUUCGAUGGGCACCAAUCAACUCGAGCAUCAACUCGAGUGUAGUACCUAUAAGUAUCAUUCAAACUUAUUCAUGGACCUAUCCACUCAUUUCUUGUGCUACUGAUGUUCCCAUAUCAACGAGUGGUCGAAGCAGUAGCAAUGCUAAUCUAACAUGUGUUACUGAUUGUUCAACAGAUGGUGGUUAUUCAACUAAACCAGUUAAUAUCUUAACUGAUUGUCAAACAGCUAGCUCAUCAUUAGGAAUGAUGACAAGUCAACGAUCAGUCAACAUUAAUUUAACUGCAAAUGCACAUUUUUAUCUUGCAUAUGUUGGAUCUGCUUGGGUAUCAUUGAAUGAUCCUGCUAAAAGUGGACUUCAAUGGUCAAUUGUUUGUUCGAUUGAUCUUCGAAUGCGACUAGAUGGUAUUAUUAAUACACCACCUGUUGCAAGUGUCGUUUCGCCUCAAUAUGCAAUUGUUAAUCAAACAACUCAAAUUACUAUCCCUGUAUCAGAUGUGAAUACCGGUGAUGAUGUACGUUGUCGAUGGUCAACUUAUACACCAGGAUAUCGUCGACGAAAACGAUCGGAUGAAGACGAUUAUAUAUAUGAGAAUUAUAAACCUCAAAUAUACAAAAAUCCAUUGGAAAAUAAAGAAUUAACUCAUGUUAGAAAAAAAAGAUUGACUUUUGAUCCUUGUUUUUUUUGCAGCAGUACAUGUUACUAUGGUUGUCUUUGUUCUUGUGCUGGAUGUGCGGGAACUGCAUGUACUGUUAAAUGUUUAUCACGACCCGCUUGUCCAACGGGAACUACUACACUCGAAACUCCAGGAACAAUAAAACCAACUUUAUCGUAUCCUAAUCGUCAGCCUAUUGAUGAAUGUGGUGGAAUCUGUUAUCCAAGUAGUUUACCUAAUGGUACAAGUCUAUCCGGAUGUACUAUAUCAUUUACAGGUCUUGUACCUAAUACUUGGUAUGGUGUUGCAGUUCAGGUAGAAGACUUUAUAAGUAAUUCAAGUAAUAUUUCAAUGAGUUCAGUACCGGUUCAGUUUUUGAUUUAUGUCUUACCACAACCGACAUGUGGAUUAGCACCAAUUAUUUUUCCUGCUGAUCUAUGUUUGGAUGUUCAAGUCGGUGUUGUAACAAAUUUCGAUAUAUACGCGGAGACCUUGUGUAAUCCUAAUAUAUCAAACAUUGAUUCAAUUGUCGUCACAAGUGUCAUUGUUGGGAUGAAUGUUAGUGAUGUGAUCACUUCACCAGUAAAUGCAUCAAUAUCUUAUUUCACAUUUACUUGGCAACCUCAAAUGAAUCAACUUGGUUCACAACAGCUGUGUAUAGUAGUUUAUACCGAUGAACAAAUAUCAUCUCAACCGUAUUGUAUCAUAUUCAAUGUAGUACCAUCAGUUGUUACUUGUACAAUCACGACUACAUCAACGACAACUACAACAUCAGAAACAACGACAACAGGAAUUACUACAAGUACAAGUUCAACUACAACUACAACUACAACUACGGGUCCAGCUGCAAGACGUCGACGACGCAGAAAAAAUGAAGAAAAACUACAAAGAGACAUUAUUACACAAAGAAUUACACCAAUUACUUCUCUCAGAAAUCAUCAUUGUAUCAAAAUGCUUGAAACUGAGCAAAUACAAAACAAAAAUUUCAAUUAUACUGCAUUGAAUAAUAGAAAUAGUGUAGGAAGAAUAUCAUUAUCGGAUGUACCAGUAAAUUCUCGUACUUCCACUAUUAUUCCAAUUAAUUCUGCAAAACGUAUGAGCUUAUCGGCAUCUUCUACUGAACAAGAUACACCUAUGAAAGUUAUAAAUAAAAAUGAAACAACUCCACGAACAUCAGUGGUUUCAGUCGCAGGAAAUGAAUCAAUAAAAUUAACUGGUAAAAAAGAUAAAUUACAUAGAAUGUCACACGACAAGCCUAAAACUCCAUCAGUAACCAGAAUUAACCAGGUCGGUAUUAUUAAAACUCCACGACAAAAAACUGACACAACACAAUCUUCGAGUAUUGGCAACACCACUACUAUCAAUUCGGGAAACUCAUUGUAUAAUAUACAGCCAAUAACAAAUCGAUUAGCAAGUACAUCGCUUACGAGAGAUCGAAAUAGGAAUGCCGGAAAAGGAGUAAUUGUAACCAAAGUUACAAGAAAUUCAUCAUGA